AUGGUAUUAGAGUUGCUUAGAGAAGGGGAGGUGGUGGAAGAGGAAGAUAUAAGUGACAGAAUGGUUGAUUUUGUAUACCAUAGAUUGUUACCUCCUGUUGAAGCUUUUCUGGAUAUCACAUCCCUGUUUUGUUAUUGGCCAAGUGAAGAAGUAGCAUACAUAGUUGGAGAGGAGGAAUUCAGAGCUCUUGAAGAUGCAACAUUUGUCAAGACAUCGGAAGAUGGUCGUUUGAUUGUUCAUGACAUUGUUCAAGCAAGAGGGAAAAAAAUGUCAGAGCAAAAUAGAGUCACAGACCCUGAGACUUUGUUGAAAUGUCUGCAAGAUGAAGAGAAACUCAAAAAUUUAAGAGGCAUCUUUCUUAAUGAAAAAUAUGAGCACCCUUCAAUCGAAAUUAAUGAUGAUCAUCUGAAGUGGAUGAGCGAUUCAUUGCGAGUGCUAUCUUAUGAAGGAUCACAGAUAACAUUCAGGGGGAAAUGUUAUAAACCAUUCAGACAACUGAGAUACCUCCAAAUUGCAAGUAACAUUCCUGAUUUACCAAUGGAAUUCGAGAAACUUGAACACCUCUCCAUAUACAGGGGGCCACUCAUGCCAGGCAUGAGUUUUAAUGAGUUUCCUCCCAGUCUACGCGUAAUGACCUCACUAAACCUCACGAAGAUGUAUGCUUCUUCAAAGAACAGAGUUGCAUAUUCUAAAAUUCCUGCCACCAAAGCUACUCCAGAUUCUUUGCUUGUAAAAUUAAGGUUAUAUGGUUUGAAAAAUAUGGAGAGGCUACCAGAUGGAAUGGAAAAUCUAACAAAACUAGAGCAAUUAUAUUUAAGAGGUUGCCAUCAAUUGAGGGAAUUACCUUCCAGAUUUGGGCAACUGAACAAUCUAAAGGAGCUGCGUCUAAGUCAGUGCCAUGAAUUGAAAGAGUUGCCUUCAAGCAUUGGGCAACUGAGUAAUUUAGAGUCACUGCAUUUAUAUGACUGCUCUGCAUUAAGUGUAUUGCCUCCCAGUUUUGGGGAUCUCAUUUCCCUAAAAACUUUGCAAUUGAGUUAUUGUUCAGGUUUGAAAAUGCUGCCUUCUAAUUUAGGGCAACUCAAAAAUUUGAAAGAGUUGGAUUUGAGACAUUGUUCUGGACCUUGCAUUUAUGCGAGAUUUGGGCAACUGAACAAUCUAAAGGAGCUGCGUCUAAGUCAGUGCCAUGAAUUGAAAGAGUUGCCUUCAAGCAUUGGGCAACUGAGUUUGAAAAUGCUGCCUUCUAAUUUAGGGCAACUCAAAAAUUUGAAAGAGUUGGAUUUGAGACAUUGUUCUGGGCUAGAAGAAUGGCCAUUGAGCUUCACAGAUCUAACAGGGAUGAAGAAGAUGGUUUUGGUUGUGUAUGAUGACGGAGCUAGUCUCUCUAUUGGUUGCACACUUCUUCAGGUCUGGUGUUGGGAGUACAUUGUUGUUACUCAUCCAGUGCCUGACAGAGUUAGAGGUGAUGGUCAGUCAUUUGUCUAUUUCUACAAAGGUAUCAUUACUCAGUGUAAGCUGGGUUGGUUCUGGUACACCUCGCCCGACACCGUCAAAGCAUUAUACUGGGCUGGAAAGGAGACAAUGCAUUGGCGGCGGUCAUAUGAGGAUCUGAUCUCAAAGAGACAGAGAACAAGUAGUUGUGCAACUAGAGUCAAGAUGGAUACUAGCAGCAAUGGGGUUAUGGGGUAUCCUCAGAGAGACAAGGAUCGAGGAGCAGGACCAUCUGGUGGGUCUUCUUGUCCACAUCCACAAAGACAAACAGAUUCAGGCAGGAGUGGCACAGGACAUCCUUGA